AUGAUCAACAAGCUUAGAAAAAAAAGAGAAUAUUUGUUAAAAAAAGAAGAGGAAUACAAAAAUAAAGAAAUUGAAAAUAAAAAAAUGAGAUUACAGAGCCAUUUGGAUGAUACUAGUAAAUUAAGUUAUGAUCUAAGAAAAGAAGGAAAAGGCUUGCUAGAUGAACUUAUUUAUGACUACAAAGAAGAAGAAAUUAUUUUAUAUCCUAAAAUAUUGGUAACUACCAGUAAAAAACCGAGUAGUAAAUUACUUGAAUUUUCGAAACACAUGUCAUUAAUUUUUAACGGUCUUUUUUUUAUGCGGGGAAGAUGUACAAAAGAAGAAUUAAGUAAUAUUAUGCAUAAGAAUGGUUAUACAUCUCUUAUACUUAUUUAUGAAAAUAAAGGGACACCAUCUUCUCUUACAAUAUCCAAUUUUCCAUUUGGCAAUACAUUUAAAUUUAGUAUACAUGGAUAUAAUAGAUGUAAAACAGUUAAUUUAGGAGAACACUGCCAUUUGGUCUGUGACAGAAUUAAUUCUGAACUUAAAGAUUUAUUUGGUAAGAUGCUACCUAAAAAUUCUAAGAGUAGACGGGUUCUAUCACUUAGUAAUGUAAAUGACAAGAUAGGAUUUAGGCAUUAUAUUAUUGUUAAGAAUAAGCGGGUGGAAUUGAAACAGGAUUUGAUGAUCGAUUUAAAACUGUACGAGAUACGUAAAGGUACUUUUGAACAGGAAGGGGAAAUUGUCUGGAUUUAUAAGCCAUUUGUCAAUUCUGGUAAAUCUAAUAUUUACAACAAGGUAGAAGAUAGUGAUGUAGAAUAA